UAAGGCAUAAAAAUGAAGAAGUGUCCAUACCAUAUAUUGAAGUUAGAAGAAUAAUUGCCCAGCCAGAAGGGUUUUUUUCUUCUUUUCUGAAAGGCUCGAGGCAGAAGCUUAUGAUAAGCAAUGGUUGGAAGAGGGAAGCCGGCAUUAUCAAUUGCAAGUGCAUUUACAUAUUUGCUGCGAAAGAUAUGGAGAGAAUGGGAUGUGAGGGGAAUGGUUCUCCUGAGCUUGCUCUUGCAAAUAGCCCUCUAUGUCUUAGGCAAACGCAGAAAGUACAAUGUCAGCCUGAUGAGAAGAAUGAUUCUUUGGUUUGCCUACAUAAGCGCGGACUGGGUCGCUAUUGCUGCUCUUGGUAAGCUCUCUAGUGCUCGUGCAUUGUCUCCCACAAAAAAUGUUCUAAGAGCACUAUGGGCUCCCAUCUUGAUACUACACCUCGGUGGUCCGGAUACCAUAACUGCUUACACUUUGCAAGAUACCCAGCUCUGGACCAGACACAUCCUCACCUUAGUGGUCCAAUCCUUCUUUGCCAUUUAUGUCAUUUAUUUGUCAUGGAUCUAUCUUAGGCUUUCCAUUUUGACCAUUCCUCUCAUAUUGGCUGGAAUAAUUAAAUAUGUAGAGAGGAUUUUGUGUCUUGAGCUUACUAGCUCUAAGAAAACAGAACCGGUCAUCUCCGAGUCUCAUCAUCAAGAUGAGUUAGAGAUGUCAAUAUUCAUUGACAAAUUUCUAGCUGAACAUGCAGAUUCCAUAAUUGUGGUACUAGGCUAUUUAUUGUUUUCAGUCAUGAGACCAGAUGUACAUGAUUAUUUGAGCGGUAAGUUGUAUCUUCGGUCCUCUCAAGCAACAGCAAGGGUAAAAACGUACUUGAAGGGAACUAAAUUCAACCAUUAGAAGUCAGUUUUGGUAAGUUUGCUAGAAAGGGGAAAGCUAAGUGAAAAUCCUUUUGAAAUAGCUGCUGCAGAAAUGGGGUUCAUUUUCGACACUGUUUACACAAAAACUUCUUUGAUUUAUACCAAGAAAGGAUGUGUCUUGCGCGUCAUCAGCUUCACUUGCUCCUUUUCAGUUCUAAUGUUCUUCUUGAUCAGCAUCAUCAACGAGCCGAAAUUCCAUUUCUCAAGUGUUGAUAUUCGCAUAACAAUCAGCUUGUUGGUUGGAGCCGUGGCACUGGAAUUUUUUGCGGUGUACUCAAUGUUUUCUUCUCAUUGGGCAAUUCCUUUGAUCUUGUUUCAUGAAAAUCGUUGGGUACGCAAAAUCCUCUGGUACGUCUUCAAAUACUUUCCUCGCUUGUUAUUUCCUCAAAGGAAUAGGUGGUCAGGUAGGAUGGGGCAAUUUAAUUUGUUA